GUUGACACGAAAAAUACGUGGCCUCUGUCUCUCAGAACGUCAUAACUGAAGAGUCUUAAAUAACUCUUGGCAUCAAAAUUAAAAAAUGGACAGCUUCACCCGAAUAAUCUUCAGUCACUUGCAAGAGCGGUUUAUAUUCACCUAUGAACUCUAGCUGUAUUCAUGAGACACGCACAUGGACUAUUCCUGCUGUUCUUCAGGCCCCUCAUUCAUGGGCAUUCCAACCUCACCGCUGUAUAACCCGAGGCUCUGAGCUGCAGCUGCCAGGAUCCUUCUCCCUUCUGCGAGGACGUUGCCAGCGUGUACAGUAGCAAACUGCGAGCUUUGGUGCUGCUUUUCAGGUACCAUCAGAGGUCUCAUCAACAAAACAAAAGUUGUGGAUGAUACAUUUUAACCUUCCAGAAAUUCAGCUAACUCCUGUAGUGUAUUAUUUGCCUAGUUUUUAAGAAAUGAUCAAGAAAACAACAUAUAGUCAUCCAUUAGUUCAUCGGUUAAUGGAUACAGAAGCUCAAAAAGAGGACAGAGAAGACGAUGAUGACAAGACAGUGGUUGAAGAGAUCAUGGCAAGAUGUUUUUUUCCAGCUCUACUGACAACCACCUCCUGGGAGGGCUUUCAUUUUGUUGGUCAUGAGAUUCGAAUUACUGAAGCCAUGGAUUGUUAUGGUGCUGUCGUUUGGCCAUCGGCCCUUGUUCUAUGCUAUUUUCUGGAAACAAAUGUAAAGCAGUAUAAUAUGGUUGACAAAAAUGUGAUUGAAAUUGGAGCUGGAACAGGACUUGUCUCCAUUGUGGCAAGUUUACUUGGUGCACAUGUGACUGCCACAGAUUUACCUGAAUUACUUGGAAACCUGCAAUAUAAUAUAUCCCGAAACACUAAAAUGAAAUGUAAGCAUUUGCCUCAGGUUAAAGAACUCUCCUGGGGCAUAGCUUUAGACAAGAACUUCCCGAGGUCUUCCAACAAUUUUGAUUAUAUCCUGGCGGCUGAUGUUGUCUAUGCUCAUCCUUUCCUGGAAGAACUCCUCAUUACCUUCGACCAUCUGUGCAAAGACACUACUAUCAUCCUCUGGGUCAUGAAAUUCAGGUUAGAGAAAGAAAAUAAAUUUAUAGAUAGAUUUAAGGAGUUGUUUGACCUGGAGGAGAUUUCUAGUUUCCCUAGCCUGCAUAUUAAGUUGUAUAAAGCUCUAAGGAAAAAUCGAAGGAGUGCAUGAUAUCCUCGAAGGAGGGCUUGGAAAGCAAAGGCAGUAUCUAGUAGAUUAUGACUUUACAGAAGACCCUGGAUAAUCUGAUGUAGCACUGACAUCCCCACGGGGGAAAACACAUACACGCACACACACGCAUGUGCGCGCUACACCCCAGAUAGGGAUUUUCCAAGAUGUAGCAUGUGGGUCUGAAAGAUGGCAAAGCAUACUCUGUGGUUAUUGGUUAGGACAAUGUCUGCCUUUUAAAAUCCCUCCCUCCAUAGCACCAUUUAUUAUGGUCAUUUUAAUAAAUAGUGCAAUUAUUAUUGUUUUCAAUGUAUAACUGUA